GUCGAAUAAAUGGUUGCUGCCUGCUGAUUGCUGUGAGCAGGGCUCCACCUGAUGCAGGUCGCAGGGUGCAGCUCAUAUGUAAAGCUCCGAAUCACAAAGAACAGGCAAUGCCGCACCCAUGUGACGUUAGGAUUUGCUGGUGGGCCUUUAAUCGCUUGCUGCAACAAUGGCGGCUUCAUGCCAGCAUGCCCCUGUCUUGUGCUCAACUUACGUAAGAAAGGAUUCAGCGGCAUAUGAUUGCAGCCGUCGUAGUUACAAAAGAAGGUGAUUCCCUGCAUUGAACACCGGCUUUUGAGAAUCUUUCCAGGUUGCAAGGGUCUCUGAAAUUAAGGUUUCUGACAAGUCAGCUCAAUAACAUUUGCGACUGAGUUUGUGUUGGAAUUUGUGUGGCAGGCCUUCCCAGCAUUUAGAGACUUGUGAGAGACAAGUGAGAGGACACAUGAAGUAUAUAGACGAAAUGAGAGUCCCAUCAUGUCAGGAUAUUAAAUCCUGGAUGGAGCUAAACUCCCAUAAGCAAGAAACGUUCAUCCCCUUUGCGAAACCUCACGUUGAGACCUUCGCUGCGAACCUGAACCAGGAUUACAGCUGAUCUUUUGUGAUGCUGAGUCUGGCAACUAACUACUGAAGAUCUCAAGCCACAUGGCAGAGGAUCCGCCCCCAAUGACGGACUCUCAAGACUCAGGAGAGAGGCGCCUCAAGGCCCUAGGUUACAAGCAAGAGCUCCGCAGAAAGUUGAGCCUCUUCAAGAUUGUUGCAGUCGCUUUCUCCACCAUCGGUCUCUACACCGGAAUCACCCCCCUGUACGGUUUCGGCCUUCUUAAUGGCGGGGCCGUGGGCGUUGUCUGGGGCUGGCUCGUUGUGUGUUUCUUCAUGAGCUUUGUCGCCCUCGCUAUGGCGGAGAUUUGUUCGUCAUACCCGACUACCGGCUCCCUCUACUUUUGGGCCGCUCACUUGGCCGGCCCCGCAUGGGGUCCCUUUGCCGCGUGGCUCACCGCUUGGCUUGAAGCCGUCGGUCUCACCGUCUCCGUCGGAGCUCAGUCCUUUUGCGCCGCGAAAACCGUUCAGACCCUCAUUCUUCUGCUAACCGGCACGCACAAGCACGGCGGCUACCUCGCGCCCAAACCCAUCUUCCUCGCCAUCUACGUAGCGCUCAUCCUGGUCUGGGCGUGCAUAAAUACGCUAUCGAUCGAGGCCAUAGCGUACAUGGACGUUGUGGGCGUAUGGCUUCAGGUGGUCGCGGGCGCGGCAAUCGUCGCGGCGCUGCCGCUCGUGGCUGUGACACGUCAGUCCGCGGCGUUCGUUUUCGGAAAUUUCGAGACCCAUGCUGACGUCACGGGGGUGCAGAGCCCGGCGUACUCGCUCGCGCUGUCGCUCCUCAUGAGCCAGUUCUCAGUUUACGGCUUUGACGCUGCCGCGUAUUUGACCGAGGAAACGGAGCGCGCCGAUGUGAAUGGGCCGAUGGCCAUUCUGCUUAGCCUGGGUAGCAUCUCCGUCUUUGGCUGGAUGUACAUCCUCGCACUCACCUUCAGCAUCCAGGGCGACCCGGCCCGGCUGUUUAGCCCAGACAACGAGACGGCAGGUGCGUUCGCCCCGGCGCAGAUCUACUACGACGUCUUUCAGGGCCGCUUCGGGAGUGCGGCGGGCGCUUACGUCAUCCUGUGCGUCAUCCUGCUUUCCUUCUUCUUCUGUGGCGCGAGCAUACUCACGAGCGCGUCCCGAGUGGUUUACGCGUUUUCCCGGGACGGCGGCCUCCCGGGCUCCCGUUACUGGCGGCAGAUCCAUCCCCGGUUACAGUCCCCGGUGCACGCGGUCUGGCUGUGCGCGUUUAUCGCCAUUCUAGUUGGCGUCCCCGUCCUCAAACUGGAUGCGCUGUUCACCGCCAUCACUUCGAUCUCCACCGUCGGAUGGGUCGGCGGGUACGCUGUUCCCAUCUUCUUCCGACUGAUCCAACCUUCGUCCAAAUUCGAGCGAGGGCCUUUCCACUUGGGGUCCUUCAGUCGUCCCGUUUGCUUUCUCGCUUUCUCAUGGAUAUGUUACACAUGCACAGUCUUUCUACUGCCCACAAGUUUCCCGGUUCGGGUAGCAAACCUCAAUUACGCCCCCAUAGCCCUGAGCUUUGUCGUAGCUUUCUUCAUGGUCUGGUGGAUCAUGGAUGCGAGGAGGUGGUUUAGGGGCCCCAUAAGGGUCGAAGGUUUAGAACCAUUGUUGAGGACUUCCGAACCUGGUUGACAAAGAUAUGAGCAAUUCUGGCCGCCAAGGCUGUACGCUCUUGCACGCGGCCAGCCCACGGAAGCACUGCAGUGCCAGUCGAGGU